AUGCGAUUCCAACGGGGGCUAUUACUUUAUGGAUUCCUUCUAAUUACUCUGGUGGUCUGUUCGGCCGCCAAAGACCCCGAUCUUUAUUCCUUUCCUCAGUGCGCGCUGUCCUGUGGAGAGCAAGUAAAUUGCGCGCCGGACGAUACAAGAUGUGCCUGUUCAGAUCGGGUAUUCGAGGGAUCGUUAGGAACAUGCUUUACAUCGAAUUGUACCAUUAAGGAGCAGUUUGUUACCAAACGACUUCGUGCCCAAGAAUGCGGCUUUUCGGAACAUAAGGGUCGACCUGCCAUAGAUCCGGCGACCCUGGUGCCGCUCAUUCUCUCCUCACUUCUCUUUAUCUGCCGUAUAUUCGCUAAGAUUAUCCAUCUUGGUGGAGGUUGGGGAUGGGACGACACCACCAUUACCAUUUCCUAUGCUUUGGCGUUGGAGUUGUUCAUUGUCAACAUCUACAUGAUCCAUCAUGGCUUCGGCUCGAACAUGUGGGACAUCAUUCCUUUCAGCAACAUUACUAUGGUUUAUAAGCUCUUCUACGCCUUCGUUCUCAGCUACAAAGUUCAAAUCUCUCUCGCCAAAAUAUCCGUCUGUCUAUUCCUGCUGCGAAUCUUCCAAUCGGCCGUCUUCCGUCACGUCACGUACGUCGUCAUCGGUUUGAAUGCUGCCAUCGCUUUGUCCUGGGUGAUGAGCGACUCGCUGCAAUGUAUGCCCGUGCAUAUGGCCUGGACGGGCUGGGCGGGUGAGGAAGAGGGGAAAUGCAUCGACUUCAUCACGGCGACGUUGACCAACGCACUGGUGAACAUUUUUGUGGAUUUCGCCAUGGUUGCUGCACCUGUGUAUGAGAUCACGAAGUUGCAGUUGUCCAAGAAGAAGAAGAUUGGAGUGGGACUGAUGUUUGCGAUGGGAUUGCUGUUAACCAUUGUGGCAAUCAUCCGAGUCAUCGUCUUCUGGAACAACCGCUGGUCCGACAACCAGACCGCGCAACUUCAACCCAUCGUCCACUGGUCCGUCAUCGAAGUCCAGAUCGCCGUUCUCUGCGCCUGUCUCCCCGCUACCCGCGCUCUUGUCGGCCACUUCAUGCCUGACCUCGUCAGCGUGUACGGCAAGAAAUCGUACGCCACGCACGGCGCCCCGCUGAGCAGUAACGCAUACCCCCCCGCUUCAAACGCAAAGGGCGAGAUCGCCAAAACGAUGACAUACUCGGUGAACUAUACAUCGAGGGCGCAGCGCGACGACUCGGGGAGCUCAGUCGAGCUGGUCGAGGUUGACCAGGAGAAUUUGGAAGGGGGAAGGGUGAACGGAAGAAGCGGAGGGAGUCGAGUGUAA